GCCAGCCUCUACUUCCUUCGUCUUCUCUUCCAAACCUGAAAAGCCGCAAGCCGACUGUCGUUCUCUUUCAGAACCCAGCAUUACCAAACCAUAAUAUAUUAAUAUUCUUAUCUUCUUAAAUAUCUUUUGUUCUUUUGGGUGUUUAUUUCAGUGCUAAAAGAUGUCGAAGAAGAAGCAAAAGCAGAGUAAUCAGAUGGAUGCCGCCGAUGACCACCGAUUGAACAUUAGGAAUAUUAUGAAAGAUAUUGAGUUUCUCGGGUCCUCGCAUAUGACAUGGAAGGAGAGGAAAGAGAUGGAGAAUAGGAAGGUGGUUUCUUUGGGUGGAAAGGUAAGAACUUUUGUAUGCACAAAGAUGCAAGCUUUGAAGGCUACAAAGUUGUUAACAUUCAAAAUUUUAUUUGACAUUCAUUUUGGGUUGCCUGGACCCUGGACACAGCCACCUAAGAAGCAGAGAUUACCAUUAAGUGUAGCUAGGGUGGUCAUGAAGAAGCAAAAGGAAAGAGAAGAGAAAAUGCUAAAAGAGAAUAUGAUUCUUGGACGAUUUGGAGGGAAACUUGGUGGUGGUGCUAAAAGAUCAGCAGACAAGCAGAGGCCCGAGGACAGGGUUCUGAAGUCAAGUGAAGGUCAUUUUAAAAAUGGUGUACUUGAUGUGAAGCAUUUGUUUCAGAAGGCCCCUCCUAAAGACAAUGACUUUGAUGGCCAUGGGGUUAAUAAAGGGAAAAAGAAAAAGGGAAGUGGUAAGAAGAACCGAGGAAAGAAGAAAGGUGGUGGUGGUGGCAGGAAGCGCCGGUGAAUGAGACGUCUAAUCUAAGAAGGUUCACCCUUGACAAUGCCAGUUUUGGAUCUCAGACACUGUUAGAAUGGCCCUUUCGCGGGCUUCCACAAAUUGCUAUAUUUGGCAUAUGUUCUAUCAUUGUAUACUAAAGCUCUUUUCUGUUUCAAGCCCACAAGUAUGCAGAGAGCAUGCCUAGAUAGCGGCUUGAGAAUCUAGGAACGACCUGUUGUACUGAUUUUGGGGAGAGAUUGGUAGUUUCAUGAUUUGUUUGCAUAAUUUGUUCACAACCAAGUGUAGGAUAUUUUAUGCAUAUGAGAUUUCUCAAAUCUCUUUUGUUAUGUUUAUACUCUGUUCUGAGGAGAAUGUAUCAUGAGAGAAUUAGGCCCACAUAAAAAGGCUCAAAAUGUUGCAAAUGGCAUUGUUUGAUUCAUCUCCAAGAAUGUCUCGCAAUGUUUCAAAGGAAA